AUGCAGGUUUAUCGUGGACAAGUAAUUGAAAAUUAUGAACUUAAUUUGAUGAAAAAUAAUAUCGGUGAAUUUCUUUCGAUGAAUUCAUUUGUAUCAACUAGUCAUAAUCGAUUAGUUGCUCUUCAAUUUGCUCGAACUUCUACAAUGAUUCGUGAUGAUAUGCAACCAAUCAUCUUUGAAAUUACAAUAGAUCCACGUUUAAAAACUAAAGCCUUUGCUGAUAUUACAAAAUAUAGUUCUUUCAGUAAAGAACAGGAAAUAUUAAUUAUGAUCGGUACCUUAUUUCGUAUUGAGACAGUUAUUAAAAACGAAAAUGAUCGAGUAUGGGUAGCUCGUCUAUCUUUAGCAAGUGAAGAUGAUUUUCAUUUGAGAGAAAUAUAUUCUCACAUGAAGCAAAAAAUUGGUGAAAAUACUACUCUUGAUUCUCUUGGUAAAUUAUUGCUUAGAAUGGGUGAAAAUGAAAAAGCACGUAAAUGUUAUGAACGAAUGAUAAAUGAAAUAUUGCUUACACUAGCAGAUGCUCGAUUAGGUCUUGGAUGGGCACAUCUUCGUUGCAAUAAUUGUGAUGAAAGUCUCGAACAAUUCGAAGAAGUCCUACAAAUUCGAGAAUAUGUAUUGGGAGAAGAUCAUUCUAGUGUUGGAGAGACUUAUAGUUUUCUUGGUGAGGUUCACUUAGAAAACGAGAACUAUGAAAAAACUGUGAUCGAUUUAAAUAAGGCAAUCAAAAUUCAAGAAAAAACAUUUCCGUCUAAUUCGCUUGACCUUGCCGCAACUUAUGAUAGUAUAGGAAAUGCAUAUACUCUUAUGGAAAAGUAUGGCUUAGCUUUAGAAUUUUAUGAAAAAGCGCUUAAAAUUCGUCAAAGAACAUUAUUACCUAAUCAUCCGCAAAUUGCUGCAGUAUAUAAGAAUAUUGGAUGGAUGUAUAAAUGUAAAAAACGUUAUUCGAUAGCGUUGGAAUAUUAUAAGAAAUCACUUAAAAUUAGUCGUAAAACAUUACCAUCAACACAUCAAAAUAUUAUUGAAAUAGAAACAGCUAUUCAUGAAAUGGAAUCUAAAAUGAAAUAUUAA